CUGAAAGUUUUGGGCGAAAGCGGUACAUCCAGCGCAUCCCGAAGUCAGCACCCACUCGUGGCGAUCCUUUGUGUAGGAAUCGCGUGGCUGGUUGAUUGUCUCCACGGUGGUGACAGAACGACGCAGUUCUGGGGAGUGGCAGGCAUGGACCAAUUCAUUGUCGCCCAUUGCAAGGCGAAUUCAUUGCCGUUUGUGAAGGUCAAGGACUCGAACAUGAUGAACCAGAUCUUUCGUCAAGGCCAGCAACUUGUGCAGCACGAUCCAGCAACUGGUAGCAAGUGGCGAGUGUUAACUUCCGAGGCGGCUGAGGGUCUGAGCCAUCGCGCGUCUGCAGGUCGGAACUGCUCACCAUUUCGUUUGUUGCUGGACGAAGUUGUCCUUGUUGGCAAUCUCAUUGCCAGUAGCGACUACGGGAAAGUCGGUCAUGCGAUCGAUCUCGCGAGGGACAUCACGCAGCUCAACGGGACCACGAACGAGCAGAUCCAGCUCAUUGCGUACACCAGGGCAUUUGGGGCUGGAUGGAAUCUGCGUGGCGUACAAUUUUGA